AAAGAAUUGUCAUUAGAGACUCAAAUAUUCUUUCACUAUUACUACUUCAAAUAACUUGGUAAUUAAAUCAUCAUCUCUAAUCCAAUUCACAACAUAUCAGAGGAAGAUUUUAAUAACUGAGCAAAGAAGUGCGACAAGGCAUUUUUUGCUGGGAGAGUCAACUCAGCAGCAAAAAAUAAAUAUUGUAAAUUCCUAAAAAAAAUAUCGAAACAAAUGAAGAGACUUACUCAACAAUUGUCCAAGACAACACGUCGUAAUUAUAGCACUUUGAAGCAACGUGGUGCUCAAAUGGACCAAGAAAUGUCCCUCACCAAGACACCUCUUGAACGUAUGUUGCUCGGUAAGCAAACCAAGGCUGACUUUGCUGGUGUUGAUGUAAAGGAUAUCAAGACUGUUGGUAAGUGGAUCAACAAGAGUGCCAGAGAAGGCCCAAGAGUCAUGACCAAGGAUGUCGAUCAACUUGCUCCUCCAGUUACAGUUACCGUUUCAGGUGCUGCUGGUCAAAUUGCCUAUAGCUUGUUGUUCAGAGUUGCCACUGGUGAAAUGUUGGGUGAAAAUCAACCAGUCAGAUUGAGAUUGUUGGACGUCCCACAAUCCAUGAAGGCUUUGGAAGGUGUUAAAAUGGAAUUGGAAGAUGGUGCUUUCCCACUCCUUGAAGAAAUUUUCAUUACCGAUAGUGAAUCUGAAGCUUUCAGAGGUACAGACUAUGCUGUUUUGCUCGGAGGUAAGCCAAGAGGUCCAGGUAUGGAAAGAGCUGAUGUUAUGAAGGAUAAUGCUGCCAUCUUCAAGAAGCAAGGUGAAGCUUUGAACUCUAAUGCUAAUGGUGAUGUUUUGGUCUUGAUUGUUGCUAACCCAGCCAACACUAAUGCCAUGAUCACAUCUCUCAAUGCUCCUGAUAUUCCACAAGAAAAUAUUACUGCCUUGACUAGACUUGACCAUGAUAGAGCCUUGGCACAAAUUUCUAAUAAGCUUGGAUGUACCGUUUCCGAUAUUUCACGAUUUGCUAUUUGGGGUAACCACUCUGCUACUCAAUACCCAGAUCUUUCAUUCACCACUGUCAACGGACAAUGGGCCAUGAACUUGAUCAAUGACGAAAAGUGGAUAACCGAAGAUUUCAUUCCAAAGGUUCAACAAAGAGGUGCUGCUAUUAUUGGUGCUAGAGGAAAGUCAUCUGCUGCUUCUGCCGCUGAUGCUGCUGUUAAACACAUGCGUGAUUGGGUUUUGGGUAACAGUGAAUGGGUUUCUAUGGCCAUUCCAAGCAAAGGUCAAUAUGGUAUUCCAAGAGGUAUUUGGAGUUCUAUGCCAGUGCAAUGUUUCGGUGCUGGUCAAUACGGUGUUAUUGAAGGUUUGCCAAUUAACUCUUUCUCUGCUGAUAGAAUUAACGUCAGUGUUAAGGAACUCAUUGAUGAAAAGAAGAUUGUUGAAGCUUUAUUACCAAAUCCAGUUUACAGAUUAGUUCCAGUCGAUAAGGUUAAGGUUAUUAACAAGUCAUUCAUCUCACAAUAAUUUAUAUAAUUGGAUUUUUCAUUGUUUCCAAACAAACUGUUCCUAAAAACCCGGGCCAUCCCACCUCCAUCAGGGCAUUCAAAAAAUUAAAAACUUUAUGUAUAAAUAUUAAUGUUUUGU